AUGGAGGGGGCCGUGACCUCUGGCCUCUUGCUGGUGCUGUGCUGGGCUCUGGCCCCACCUGCAGGUGCCCAGGAUGGGCUUUGCUACGAGCAAUUCGGGGCCGGCAGGUGCAAGGAGCUGCUGGGCGAGGACAUCUCCCAGGCUGACUGCUGCCUAAACCCCACCUACGGGUACCGGCCCCGCGCCGGGGCGCCCUGCCAGUCCUGCCGCCAGGCCGAGUGGAGCCACUGGACGCCCUGGGGGCCCUGCUCCAUGUCCUGCGGGGAGGGGGUGCAGAGACGCAGCCAGACCUGCCUGGGGCAGGGCCAGUGCUCCAACGGCCCCCGCAAGAGGUGGGAGAUUCGCGCCUGCAGCCUGAAGGAUUGCUGCCCCGUGAUGGGGGGCUGGUCGGCCUGGGGCCCCUGGAGCUCCUGCUCCGUGACUUGCGCCGAGGGGGUGAGGAAGCGCCUCCGUAGCUGCACCGAGCCGGCGCCCAUCUGCGGGGGCUCCUGCCUCGGCCCCGGCACGGACACCCAGUCCUGCGACACCAACAAGAUCUGCCCCAGGUCGCUCAGUUCCAGAAUCGGCUCCCAAGGGGGCUGUGGGACCCCGUCGUUGGAGGGGUUUAGGAAGAGGUUGGACAAACCCCUGGGGCAAUGGGGUCUCUGUUCUGCCACGUGCUCUCCGGAGGGAGCGGGGCAGAAGCCCCAGCAGCGUCGCUGGCGCGUUUGCAACAACCCCCCCCCUUCCGCCGUCCCUCCCGGACUCCCCUGCUCUGGCUCCGCCAAUGAGGACCAGGCUUGCCCCGGGGUGCCCUUCUGCCCAGUGGACGGUGGCUGGAGCAACUGGGAGACAUCCAGCCCCUGCUCGGUGACCUGUGGCCUGGGCCGGGUAACGCAGAAGCGUCUUUGUAACAACCCAGCGCCACGGCACGGCGGGAAGGCCUGUCUUGGCCUCAAUACCCGGUCAUAUUUCUGCAACACCAAAACUCCCUGCCCAGUGGACGGGCAGUGGUCGGAGUGGGGGGAGUGGUCCACGUGCACCCGGCCGGGUUACACCGGGAACAUCAGCUGCCGGGAGAUCGCGGGCCAGCAGAGGCGGACGCGGGUGUGCAAGGGACGCAGCUCCGACGGGAAGCGCUGUGAGGACAGUUAUAUCCAUAUCCGCAGCUGCUACAACAUGGAUCGGUGCCACCUGGCGGGCCAGUGGUCAGACUGGAGUUCCUGGGGUCUCUGCGUCCCGCCCUGCGGGAAGAAUCCCGUGAAGUCUCGGAAGCGCGUUUGCCAACCCACGUACCCCAAAUUUUCGAUGGUGACCGAGAGAGUGGGGACCACCGGGCUGGUGAACGUCAGCUUCUGGGGCAAACCCUCGCCCCAGUGCGAGCCCAUUGACGGGAAGGCCCUGGAGGUGGAGGAGAAGGAGCCGUGUCUCAAUGUGCCACCCUGCCCGGAGGAGGAGGAGGAGGAAUAUGAUCAGCCCCUGUUAUCGUUAACCCGCCUGGCCAGCCCAGACCUCAGGCCCACCGCAGGCUUCGAGUUCCUGGAGGAGCCUGAUGAUGUUUGAGGUUGAUCUGGCAGGAGCCAGGCCAAGGUGCUUCCCUGGAAGCCCCAGCCCCCUUCUGCGGAGGGGGGCUCAGGAUCCCCACGACAGCAGCUCUUCCCUCCUUCCAGGGGCUCCCUAUGGAAAGGCCAGAGCAGGCCCCCGCAGUUAUGACCCCGACCCCCAGAAAUCCCCUUUGCUGCAGGGCGUGGGAAUCCAUCACAAUAAAGAGAGAGACUGGG